CGCGGAAGCGGUGGGAGGAAAGGGACGUGCGCGGAAGGAGGCCGCGCGGAGGGAAGCCAGGAAGCAGCGGAGGCGGCACGGCCAGUCCUGGCGGGAGACCGAGACGGCAGGCUUUGUACGAGAAGAGUCUGCUGUUUGACUGUCCCGCGUGGGAUGCACGCUGCUCCUCGGAAGGAUCUCGAUCUCCGGCUGCCCUGGUGAGGGAUGCGGGACAGCAUGGCUGAAGCCGUCCAUUACAUCCACCUCCAGAACUUCAGCAAGUCCCUCCUGGAGACGCUGAACGGGCAGCGCCUGGGAGGGCAUUUCUGUGACGUGACAGUACACAUCCAGGAGGCCACGCUGCGUGCUCACCGCUGUGUCUUGGCCGCCGGCAGCCCCUUCUUCCACGACAAGCUGCUGUUGGGCUACUCGGAGAUCGAGGUCCCGCCCGUGGUCCCCAGCCAGGUGGUCCGCCAGCUGGUGGAGUUCAUGUACAGUGGCUCCUUGGUGGUGGCCCAGUCAGAAGCGCUGCAGAUCCUCACGGCCGCCUCCAUCCUGCAGAUCAAGACGGUCAUUGACGAAUGCACCCAGAUCAUCUCUCAAAGCCGCAGCCCCAAGCCUCCCACUGCCCCGCCUCCGGUGCCCCUCUCCCUUCCCAGGGUCCUCCCGGCAAAGCCCCAAGAACAGCCGCCCAAAGAGGCCCUUGGCAGCGUCUCGCGGCCCGGGGACCUCGACGCUUCCCACCUGGAGCCCCCCAAACUGCUCUGCGCUUCGGAGGUGCGCUACAAGCUGCGCGACCUCCUCUCCUCCUCCCAGCACAGGGAGGCGAGGGCGGCCACCUGCGAGGGGGGCAUAAGCGAUGGGGAGGUGGGGGGCCCAUACCUCCACCCCGCCGAGGCCACGCCCAGCUGCCACAGCCGCAAGCAGCGCCAGCCGGUGAGGCUUCAGCUGUCCGAGACAAUGCCUGUCAUCAUCAAGGACGAGGAGGAGGGGGUUGGUGGGGAAGGCCAGGAGGGGGGGGUGGUGGAAGAAAGGGAGGCCAAGCUUAGCUGCUUCCCUGAGUGUGGCGGGAGUGGAAGUUUCCCUGCCGGCUUCAGCGACGAGGCGGAAGCAAAGGAUUCUGGGAGUGCUGGCGGGGCCGGCAGGAAGGAGAGCCUCCACUUGGAUUAUGCCACUGCCGAGGGCCAGGAUUUCUUUGGGAACCAGGAUGUCUUUUCGGAGUCCUUCAUCCCAUCCUGGCAGGGGGAGGAAAGCGGCGAAGAGGCGGCAGCUUCCGCCAUGCGGGACAGGGAGAAGUUCCACUCGGACUGCAGCUUGGAGGCUUCCAACCUGAGGAGCUUGGCGGGAGAGUUCAAACAGGACUUGGGCGGGCCCUCGGGUGCCGUCGCAGCCUUUCCGCCCCGCAGCAAUAGCGGCAGUGGGGGCUUGACUUUCGUCUCCUCUCUGGGCAUCCAACGGGAGCUCAAGGCGGAGGUCAGCAGCGCCAGCACGGCCACCAGCACCACCAGCAUCUUCCAGUUCCACAUGCCCCAGCCGGCUGCGGUGGCCCAGGGCUUUUAUAGCAUUCAGGCGCAGCCGCCGCCGCAGCAGCAAGACGCCGGUGCCAGCAACAUGGUGCAGCUCAGCCCUGGUGCCAUGGUCACAGGCCCCCUGCAUGGCGCUGGAGAGCAGCAGAGCCAACAGCCCGGCCCCUCGCGCUGCUCAGAGCCCUCCUACCAGUGUAGCCACUGCCAGAAAACCUUCAGUUCCCGCAAAAACUACACCAAGCACAUGUUCAUCCAUUCUGGUGAGAAGCCCCACCAGUGCAGCAUCUGCUGGCGCUCCUUCUCCCUGCGGGACUACCUGCUGAAGCACAUGGUGACGCACACGGGGGUGCGGGCCUUCCAGUGCUCCAUCUGCUGCAAGCGCUUCACCCAGAAGAGCUCGCUCAACGUCCACAUGCGCACACACCGCCCAGAGCGCUUCCAGUGCUGCAUCUGCAACAAGUACUUCUCCCACCGCACGCUGCUGGAGCGCCACAUGACCACCCACACUGCCUGGAAGGGCAGGCAGACCGAUGCCCCCGGAGCCAUUGGGGUGGCCGCGGCCGCCGCCGACUGGAAAGAGAAGCCGAGCAUCGCCACCGCCACCUCCUCUGCCGCUGAGGGGACUAUUGCCGUCACCGCCGCGGCGUGGAAAGCGGGGGAACCGUCUGCUGAGACGGCCAUUGCCGUGUGGAAAGCGGGGGAUCCGGUCCCUGGGGAAGGCAGUAUGGGGGCCUGGAAAGGGGAUGCGGCUGGCGAAGGACCGGCUGCAGCCUGGAAAGGGGACCCGACUUCAGAGGCAGCCAUGCAGCCUCACACAGCCUAAGACUUUUUCUCCCCAACCUCCGUUUAUGAAUUUUUCUUUUGUCCAGCAGUUGUCGUUGACUGUGGCUCCAGCAUCUUGAGAACUAAAAAGGCUGACCCACAUAGGGUGCAGCUUUCUCCUACUGACAGGGGCAGCCAUGUGCACGAGCCAGGCUGCAAAUUCUCAAGAGGAGAGUCUCAGCGUCAUUGUUGC